CGGAUUUCGAAGCUAGCCUCGACUAGCUAGCCACGAAGCUAAAAACAAGCUUUUUGUUGUGGGGCGUUAAACUGGGAACAAAUGUCCAAAACACAAUCGCAGCCCCCGUCGGCCUCGGCGGUGACGACCAGCGGGGGUCCCUCUUCUUCCUCCUCGUCCUCGUCCGCGGGGGGCUCGACAUCUCCCGCAACCGUGUUGAACGUACAGCCCGAGAAACCUCAACAUUACACAUAUCUGAAGGAGUUCAGGACGGAGCAGUGUCCCCUGUUCGUGCAGCAUAAAUGUACACAACACCGGCCUUUCUCCUGCUUCCACUGGCACUUCCUGAACCAGCGGCGCCGCAGGCCCAUCCGCAGACGGGACGGGACGUUCAACUACAGCCCAGAUGUUUACUGCACCAAAUACGACGAGGGAACAGGCACCUGUCCUGAUGGAGACGAAUGCCCGUUUCUACACAGGACAGCAGGUGACACCGAGCGCAGAUACCACCUCCGCUACUAUAAAACAGGAUCAUGUAUCCACGAAACCGAUGCAAAAGGCCACUGCAGCAAAAACGGCUACCACUGUGCCUUUGCACAUGGAUCACAUGACCUGCGCAGCCCUGUCUAUGAUAUCAGUCAUUCCGAGUCUCUUGCACACUGUGGGUUUUACAGAGAAGUGCAGGUGAUGGAGUCUCAGGGAGGCUCAGGGUCCUCGGAGGGAGGUGGAGGAGACGGGCAGUCGGGACAGGCAGCAAGUACUGCCCUCAUAGAAAAGAUCCUGAGUGAAGAACCACGCUGGCAAGAUAAUAACUACGUGCUGUCCCACUAUAAGACCGAACUGUGCAAGAAACCACCCCGUCUGUGCCGGCAAGGUUAUGCCUGUCCAUAUUACCAUAAUAGCAAAGACCGGAGGCGAAGCCCGCAUAAGCACAAAUACAGAGCACUGCCAUGUCCAGCGGUUAAGCAGAGCGAGGAAUGGGGAGAUCCCAGUAAAUGUGAGGGAGCAGAGGGAUGUCAGUAUUGUCACACGAGAACAGAGCAACAGUUCCACCCAGAGAUCUAUAAAUCCACAAAGUGCAAUGACAUGCAGCAGUGCGGCAGCUGUCCUAGAGGGCCCUUCUGUGCCUUUGCUCACAUAGAAAAGCCCUUUGUCCCAGAGGAACCGUCAUUCCCCGCCCCCAGCUCUCCGCCGCCCCCUAGACCUCCAGACCCUCUUCCUGCCCAAGACCCCUCUUCAAGCCCCAGCCGAGCCAUCAUGGGGUGUGGUUCUGUUCUGGACCUCUUCUCUCCAUCUGCAGGGUCGUGUAUAGCAGAGCAGGGGCUACUGGGUAGCGUUCUGUCCAUGUGUGAGGAUGCGAUGGGAGGAGCUGAGCCUCUGUCUCCCUGGGCCAAAGAAGGAGGGUACGGCAGAGCUCCUGGCUUUGAGAGGGAGGAUCAGGCUAAGCAAAAGAGUUUUGCCCUCGAGCAGCGUCACAGAGAAUUGGCGUCAGUACAAAGCAAACAGGACCUGUUGGUGUUUUUACCAGUGGGCAGCCCUUUGAGUCUGUCCUCCAGCAUCCCCUCCAGUCUGGCUGCCACCCCACCCAGCCCUGCCACUCUGGGACCUCCGGGGUCCAGCAUCUCCUCAGGCAUGAAUGCUAAUGCUCUGCCCUUCUACCCCACCAGUGAGACAGUGGAGUCAGUCGUUGAGUCCGCCCUGGAUGACCUUGACUUGAAUGAUUUUGGCGUGUCUGCGUUGGAGAGGAGGUUGGAAAGCAGCUCUUCUCUGCCCAGUGGUGGGUUGAUGCUGGGAGGCAGCCAGCUCCAGAGUUCCGCCCCAGUCAACAUCCCAGGAUCCUUCAGCAGCUCUGCUCCUUUCAGCUCCCCCUCACCGUCCCCUCCAAUCAGGCCACACACGUCACCCUUCUUUUCUUCUCACCUGUCACAACCUGGCCAAUCAGAGAGCUCCUUCCUUGGGCCAUCUCAUAGCUCCUUAGGUUUGAAUGGUAUGAGCACUAACAUCUGGGAGCACUUUCCAUCGGGGCAGGGCUCCCCCAGUACACCCCCCACCCUGCUGCCCUCUGGCCCCUGUGCAGAGACCGCCCGGCUCAAACAGGAGCUGGAGGAGGCUCACAGGGCACUGAAGCAGUGGGGUCACAGUUGGAGACACACAGCUCAGUCAUGGGCUGCUCUGAAGGCGGAUGCAGAGGAGUCUCGUGCCCAUGCAUCACGGUUAGCCAUGGAGGCGGAGAGAGCCAGGCAGGCUGAGGAGGAGGCACAGAGACAGGCUACUCUCCUGCAGGAGGCGCUGGAGAGCUUAAGGAACGGCGACAACCCCCAUCUAGCACUUCACCAGCUCCAGCUACUACACAGACUGCCCUUGGAGUCAGUCCUCAGUUUGCAGGCUCAACUCUGUAGCUGCUUACACGCUGUAGAACAGGUGGUGUACAGGAAGCAAAGGCAGUGCUGUGUGACGUGUGGCGAGGCGGGCUCGGUGUCCCUGCCCUGCGGCCACGGUCUACAGUGCGAGAGCUGCUCCGCCUCGACAGAGUGCCCACUCUGCCCCGAACAGACCCUGGAGCCGCAGCUCUCUUGACCUCACAACCCAGUCGGACCAAACGCCGAUUUACAGAACAGUCAGUCCUGAUUCCACAGAUACCAGCCUUGGCCUCUCAGCCGCCAUUCAGAAUUAAGUCGAGGUUGUUUUUAUAACAUGGUGACAACUCCCAACACUGAUCUGGUUUUGUAUUUUUAAGACGACUUUUACUGAUGAAUGACCAGCCUAGUGAGCGCUGGUAACAAAGCGAAAGCUCUUAAAGUGGAAUUUAGAAUUAAUAAUUACUCCAGUGUUACCCAUGAAACACCAGUACAAUUUACUAGUUAAAGCUCUUGACCAGCAAAACUGUUCUUAACCCUUUUUUUUGAAUUGUCCACCUGUUAUUUCUUCACUAACCCUAACUAUGAAACAUAUACACACAUAGUUCUAAAUCAUAUUCUGAGUUUAUAAAGCACGGGCUAGCCCUGAACAUACAGAAAACUGUCUUCUCUCUCAAUCUGGAUAGUUCCAGUGUGAUCUGCUGAGGAUUAAACUCGGUCACCUUACUUCAACAAAGGUCAAUGGUAUUUGUUUGUAAUGUUGGCUCUUGAAAAGCUCCGAAACAUUUCAUAUGAAAACUGAACAGUUUGGUCUCUUACUCGUAAUAAUCCAAAGUUUUCAUUAAUCUUAAAUCCACAGUCCUCCACAGCAAUGAGUAGAUUCUACCAGAGUACACCCACUAAAACCAUAUGCUGUCUCUGAACGAGAUAUAUGAGUAGUUAUUAAUGGGUGAGAUGGGAAUAUAACUGUCUUCAGACAUGAACUCCAGAGGAUGUUCUAAAUUCACCAGAGUUGAUCUCUUAAAGCAUCUUAAAUUGGACUUGGUGGUCUGGUGGAGUCAGGCUGGUUCACUGUGCUGUGUGUUGAAAUCCCGAAUCAAAGAACUCCCACAUUUGUAUUCAGAUGUUCGAGGGUGAUGAGGAGUCUUAACACAAUCAACAGGUCUGACUGAAAACAGUUAAAGGGCAUAUUUAGUUUCAUCCCAACUGUAAUCCCAUUAUGCUACAGCGAAAAAGGGGGCCAUACCAGUCUGCUGGUAGCGCUUGUUUAGAAUAAGUUGAAUUUGUUUUUUUCAAUAGUUAUUUUUAUUAAAAAAAAUUAUUUAAAAUUACUGUUAAAUAAUAAGAAAAUAUUUAAAGAAUGAGUAUUAUUUGUUGAAGUUUCCAACAGAUGGCCCCUUUAAAGCACUCAGGUUUGCUCCAGUUUCAAAUUAAACUGGAAGUGGAAAGUAUGUUAACACAAUCAAGGCAAAUGUACUCAACUUGUGUAGUCUUUGAAAUUACAUCAUUUUAAUUUUUACUUAAAAUAUUUUUCAUGUUAACUCAAACAUACACGUUCUGUCUUUUUUUACCAGCCUCUUUGCUAUGUUUUGAACAUGUGACAGACUUUCUCUGCCAAUUUUUACAUGUGUAGUAAUCUCUGACAUUUCACCCUUUGUCAAAUGUUGUCAUAUACAGUUAAAUUAUGUCAUACUUAUCUUUUGCACUGAUAAGACAAAGCAUUGGGAGCAAACAGAUGUAUGAAGGCUUGUAUGGUUUAAAUGCAGGUGUGAAAAUGUUCAUGAUCACUGUGAUGGUCUCUGGUAUUAACCAACACACAACUCAUCCAACACCAGUGUUUCCAUCUGAGUGGAUCUUUUUUGUUUUUGGUACAGAUCAUUAAAAACAAAUUGUAUAUUUUUCAAGGAA